AUGUUCCAUCACACGGCCCUGCCUACAGGCUGGAUAAGACUGCUUCAAGCCCGCGGCCCCUCCAGCCAGACCCCCGAUCUGCAAUACGAUCUCAUCUCGCUGCCCCUGACAGAAGCAGCAGAAAAUGGAUACGAAGCCCUGUCGUAUGUCUGGGGCGACGACACUCUACUCCACGGCAUCCUCAUCAAUGGUCAGCUUUUUCACGUCAGACACAAUUUGCAUGACUUCCUCCACGUCGCCAAUCAGCUAAGAUGGGCCUCGGCAUUUUGGAUCGAUGCCAUCUGUAUUGACCAGCACAAUGUCAACGAACGGAACAGCCAGGUGAGAAUGAUGACCGACAUCUACAAGUCAGCAACUACCGUACGUGCUUGGUUAGGUAGGGAAGAUCUUGGCUUCAAGCAAUUUCACCGGGACCGUGUGAACAGCAACAAACUGCUGAAGUACUCGGUACACGACGGUCGGAACCUUGAUUUCCUCUUGAGUCUGGCUGCUUGCGAAUAUUGGCAGAGAGCAUGGAUUGUACAAGAGCUGACGACAGCGAGGAAAGUACACCUCCAGUCCGGCGUCUCGACCUUACAUCUGGAUGAUCUAUGGGACGGCCUUCUUGAUACAGCUGACUUCAAUGAUUGGCAUUUCCGUAGUGCGCCUAGCGACGUUCGCUUCCGCUUAAGACCAAUGCUCAACGUCCUCCGCCGCGCUGAUCACUCGUACCCGCAGCUACAGCCGUUCGAAUCGAUCAUACACGACUUCUCAAAUCUGCGCUGCGCAGAGCCUAGAGAUCAUAUCUACGCCUUCCAUGCGCUUUUUCAGGGUAAGACUCAUCGCAAAUUGCCCAUCGACUACGAGAUAAGCAUUCCGGAGCUCAUAUCGAAGGCUUUGGACUGCUGCGAGACUAAAACCAACCUUCACUCGCUUUUCACGAUUCUGCGGACUUGGCAGAUCAGUAAGGCAGAGCAGGGCCGCGACCCAGAUAGGCUCAUUCAUGCACGACUGUGUCCCAAGAUGGACCACCGAUUUCAGCCACACGAUAGCAGCUUGACUAGGCAAAACUUCGAUCCUGGGGCACUAAAUGUCGACUCGGGUACCACCAUGGAAGAAGCUCGCAACGUUUUUGGCCCUGAGCUCGAGCUGGCUGGCACGCGAACGAUAGCCGAGUCAAGCGGUUCUAACAAGCAUAUUUUCUUGCCAGCAGCCGCAGCACCGCAUAGCAGAAAUACUGCACAGCCAUGGUGUUUGGUUCUGGUUGAUGUACAGUAUGAUCUGUACUUCACCAAACCAUUCAACCUGCGCAACCCGCUGCGACCAGCCAGUGUGGACGUGGGCAGCUAUGCUGGCUUGGUUAUACUCGCUUAUCUCGACCGAGAUGGCAAAACAUACAGUCUGAGCGGACAGCCUCAUUUUGGAGUUUGGCUGACGGACAUCGAGACGCCCGAUGUGGGCGCGAAUCAGUCACGACGCCGUCGGCAGACAUUCCGCAACCUCAAGGCGCUCUGGGAGUGUCUACGACGGGGUCUCGGCGACGCAACAUGGCGUCGCAAGAGCCGCAGCGAGAUCACGGUUGGGCUACCGCUUACCGCCUGGAUGCGAUUGAAUGAAUCGAUACGAAAUCUUGCAAGAAAUGCUUGA